AUGUCAGUGCCCGUCGUGACGAUUCCUGAGCAGGCUUGGGACGCUGCCAGCACCUACGGCGUGCUCCCCAAAGGCCGCAGCCGCCUUGUUGUCUACCUUACUCGUCUUCUACGCGGGUCCGGCCUCGCCGUCGCCCUUAUCUACGUCAUAGGGUUCUUCGUGAUCAGACCGUUACUCGACACCACCGCCCACCGCCGCCUCGAGGUAUUGGAGAAAUACCGUCACAGCCUCAUUAGCUUGUACUUGAAGACCAUUACCAAAGUCAGCCACAUCCCCAUCGUGUCGUUUGACCGUAAGAAUGGUAAGCGGUACGCCGAUGCCGUGGUACAAACCACCGAUCUGUGGCUCGAACGGGUCAACAAGAAACUCCCCGAUGACCCUACUGACGACCUUGAGCUUGACCGUACCGAUAAGUUGCGCCAGAACUCGUUGGUGGAGCGGCUUACAAAGCUUUCUGACCGCCUAGGCCAGUGUCGCGGCUACUCUGUCCAGGAGAUCCCCCACUAUAAGCUUGCGCUGAUGUCGAUUAAAAACUUUCAGAACAAAGCCGACUUGGAGUACUUUAACUCGUCGGAGUUCUUCUCGUAUAAGCUUGCGGACACUGGAGACAGUGAGCGUACUCGCACUCGCGAUAUCGCUACCGAGACCAAGAAUGAGAUUAGGGGUAUCAAGGGGUUGUUUAUGCUGGGGCAAGUAUGA